GUAUACUACAUCGCAUCAUCGCGAUAUACUUACCAUCGCGUUCGGACAAGCUCUUGCACUUUCAGUUCUACGUAGCUGGUAGCUAUCCUGCGAACCUCAGAACUGUCAUGGACUCUGCGAUUCACCCCGACAUGACCUUAAACUUGGAUGUUCUCACUCACAUCAUGCUCUUCCUCGAAGGGCGCCAUCUGCGUUCAAUAAUGAACACGUGCAAGGUGCUUCACAGUAUGGGUGUCCCCUUACUUCUUGGAUCUCAAGUCAUAUGGCGGAAAAAGACCAUGCCAUCCUUCGUCCUCUUCAUGGCCCGCGAUUGGACCUAUCGUUCACAAUUUUUGCAACACGUUACCGUUCAAUUUGGGACGAGUCCAGGUCCGGACAUUGGAAAAUCUGUCACAAUGGUCAUGGAGAGGUCGGCCGAUAUACGUAGACUCGCGAUACAUGACUGCGAGGACUUCCUCCGAAGCGACCUUAAAGUCCUCACUUCAAUUACGUCACUGCAAAAAUUGGAAUGCCUGGAGCUGUAUGAUAUCGAAAAUCUCGGUGAAACGCUCUUACAGCACCUCAAAGCUCCCCUCACUUCGCUUGAGGUGCAUUGCUGUCGGGGUAGUUUCUCGACGGACGAAGAGGAUCCUUAUGAACCAGGAGAUGUUACUGCGCUACUUUCCAACUUUUCCAGUAGCCUGGAACGGUUGGAUGUAACGUGGGGUGUGUUCGAUGACACACUCACCUUACCGUGUCCCAAUGUUCGCCAAGUGUCCAUCCAUCAGUGCAGCAUCGUCGACACGUAUCAUCUUGCCCGGACAUUUCCAAAUCUUCAAGAACUCCACAUACUCAUAGACACAUUGGAAGCAUAUCCCGUAACGGGCUGGAUGGCACGGUUUUGUAGGCAGCAAUAAAAUGCGCAACAAGCCACCGGCACCUGGAAAUUUUUGAAGAAGACAUCUGGGGGCGUGGACGCUCUGCACCAUCUUGCUUUUGAUUGUCACGUCCAGAUGAUGCAUAUUUUCAAUCUAAACGAAGAGAAUUGUUGUAAACUGAC